AUGAGCUCCGUGCAAUCGCUAUUCAGCCUUGAGGGCAAGACUGCUCUUGUUACUGGCGGAACGCGAGGCAUUGGCCAGGCCAUGGCCAUUGCUUUAGCAGAAGCAGGAGCAGAUAUUCUGCUUGUCCAGAGGGAUGAAUCAAACCAAGCCACCAAAGAAGCGAUUGAGAAACUCGGGCGGAAAUCGCAAAUCUACACAGCUGACCUCGCGAGUCACGAAUCAGUGUCAGCUCUUGUACCAGAAGUGCUCAGUGAUGGCCACCACAUAGACAUUCUCCUCAACUGCGGCGGCAUUCAGAGGCGGCAUCCUGCGCACCAGUUUCCAGACAACGAGUGGAACGAGGUCCUGCAGGUCAAUUUGAAUGCUGUGUUCACCCUAUGCAGAGACGUCGGUGCUCACAUGCUCGCAAGAGAUGCGGAUCAGUAUGGCAGAAGAGGCAGCAUCAUAAAUAUUGGCAGUCUGCUGUCAUUCCAAGGAGGCAUAAAUGUGCCUGCUUACGCGGCGUCCAAGGGAGGAGUUGCACAAUUGACGAAGGCGUUGUCAAACCAAUGGGCAGACAAGGGCAUCACGGUCAAUGGAAUCGCUCCUGGAUACAUUGCGACAGAAAUGAAUACCGCGUUGAUUAAUGAUGCGAAGAGGGCAGCAUCGAUCUUGGAACGGAUCCCAGCAGGUCGAUGGGGCAGCCCGGAGGACUUCAAGGGCAGUGUUGUCUAUCUUGCGAGUCGAGCAAGCGCCUAUGUGAGCGGCGAGAUCCUGACUGUAGAUGGAGGCUGGAUGGGUCGAUAG